ACGUGGUCUCAUGUCAGAAAGAGAAAAAAGUCGAUGCAUGGUUGAGAAAAUGAUAUGGCAAAUCUCUUUGAUAGACUGAAAGAAACAUUCACGCUGCAAGCUUCUGACAAUUCUAAGAAUGCAUCAUCCAAUAUAAAGAAGGAACCAGAACCAGAAACCGAUGUCACGCGAGAAAACGUGGAAGCUCCCCAGGCCAGACGGGGCCUGGUUUCCGCGUACGCCGUCAACAAACAAGAUGGCGGGAAGACUUCAGAGGUGAAAAUCUGCUCAUCAGCACGUAGCGACGAUGCUUCAAAAAUGAAGACUGAUUCCCAGUUUAUCAUCCCCAAAAGGAAAAGAGAUGAAAGUGAUAUUUUGGUAGAUUUGAUGAUCAAUUCCCGUGAAUUCCAGUAUGAAAUAUUACCAGCAAUUGUGAAGAGUUACAGAAACUCACAAUCAGCAGAAAAAUUUAAAUACACCAAAGUACAAAGUGUGCACAACAGAGAUCUACUCAAGCUGGUAAUUAUAUGCAUAACUGGUCAGUGGUUGGAAGAGCUUUUGCAAUGGAAUGUGUCCAUCGACGGUUCAAGUAGAGAAAGAAAUUGA